AUUGAAUCGGUAUCGGUUCCGUUGUUUUUUGGACUCGGUUAUAAUUAAAUUAAUUAUAAUUAAAUUUUGGGUUCGAACCGGUUAAGUUGACAGAUAAUUUUGCAGCCUUGUAAUACAAAUAAAUAAAAUCUUCCAUAAAUCCAGCCCAAUAAUUUUCGUAAUAAUAUUUAUUUAGUUAAUAUAUUAAAUACGCUUGCACCCAGAAAGUAAUACAUAAGAAAACUCCGGAGAGUAGUGAAAAAUAAUUUGAAAUUUAGCUCGUUAAGCGUGUUGAACCACGGUGCGCCCAGCAUCUGUUGCUGCAGACGUCGCUUGGGGGCAAGUAUGUAGCUCUAUUUAUAGACGCGCUGCAUCUGCUAUUGUCCGCUGGCAACAGGAAAAGUGCGUGUGUUAGUUUGUUACGAGACAGCGGAUAGCAGCCAUGGCUUCCUUUGGUGCACGCAGCAUGAGCCAGCCGCCGGGUAUUAAGAUCUGUUGCUGCCGGAUAUUGACUUGCAUCAACUUUGGCUUUGUGCUGUCGCGGGGCGGACUCCUGAAGCUGAUGGAGCUGGGCCUGGCCAUGUUGUGUGAGGGCCUGCUAAUACGCUAUGGUGUACCCUAUGCGGACUCCAUUGGCCAGGCGCUGACCAGUCUAUUGGCCACAACUGGCCAUUGCUUCACCACGACGGGCAUCUUGCUCAUAUGCUACUGUUUCUCGGAUAGAUCCUAUGGCCUGAUUCGACAGUCGCUCUUUGAGACGCUCUUCAAUGCCAUCGCCAGCUGCAUGUACUUCAGCUCAGCCAGCUACAUGAGCUUCGCCUGCGUCGUCUGGCUGCAUCCUCAGUUUCUGGUGCGUCCCGGCUUCUGGGCGUAUCCAGCCAUGACCGCCGCCUACUACAUAGGCUUUGCGGCGGCUCUUUUACAUGCUAUCGACGCAUUUCUCGCCUUCAGGCAUUUUCGAGGGGUUCGUUAGCAACUAAUUACGGUAUGUUACUAAUAUUAAAUUAAGCUCUUAGUCUUAAUAUGCUAGCAUAAGUUAAAACUCCCUGAAAAUUAACAACAUGUAUUCUCAUACCAUUCUCAUAGUCAUAUAAGUGAAAUAAUAUAUCGCGGGUAAUCCCGGCCUUGCCCGUGGCACGUAUUAUUCAUUAAGUUAUUUUGCAUUGGAAAUAAGUUUGAUGGAAAUCGGACAAAACUUAAAACUUCGGCCAAAAAAUCUUUAAAUCGCAUUUUCCACCGAUGAAGUUUGGAUUCUGCGAAAAGUGUGAAACACGUGUCAAAUGAUAUUUCACAUAGAUCCUUGGAAAUGAAUUUGAGCGCGUAACGGCACCCUACAAAUUUUUGACCCCCAUUUCCACCAAGGAGGAAUGAAUUUUUCGAAAAGUGCGAAAAACCCCUCAAAUGAAUUUGAACAAAUAUCUUUGAAAAUGAAUAUGAGGCCGAUCGGAUGGUAAACAAAAAACUUUCAUAUA